UGCAAACUACCAUGUGAACAGAUUAAACAAUCACUUAGGAAGAAAUAAAUGAUAGGCCCAGAUUCAUGAUGGAAUUGACCAAUAAGUUUUAUUUUCCCCACUCCAAAGACCAUUUUACCUGCAUUAUUCUGCAUUUUAAGUGAAAGUGUACAUGUUUUUCUCCAAGAGACUCAUUUAUUUCAGAUAUGCAUGAAUCACAGUACAAUGUAAAAUUUCGGAAAUUUUCCCCAAAAAAACUGAAAUAGUUUAAACUUGCAAGAUAAACAGCAGCCUGUUCCACGUACGAUGCUGUACCCCUGUGAUUAAUCUCUCUAGAGGCUGAGGCAGGAGAAUCACCGCGACUUCCAGGUCAGUCUGAACUACACAGUGAGUUCAAGUCCAACAAGGCCAUACCCUGGCUUCCAGAAGAGAGGGAGAGGAGAGGGUGAACGAGGGAGAGAGAGAAAGAGAGAGAGACACACAGAGAAAGACAGAGAAAGACACGUAUCCUGACAGGUGGACUUGCUUCAUCCUCGUAAAUAGACAAAAAAAUUUUAGCGCUCUAAAAGCGAUGAGUGAAGAAAUGAACCAAGACAAACAAUGUAGUCCUUGACGCUUUCCCUUUCCUCCCUAAGGGCUGUCAGCGACCACCUCCGGUUGAGGCAGGCUGUGCUGUUACCUCAGGCUCCUCCCCUCUCGUCCACUCCGAGCAGGAGAAAAGUGUGCGAAAGGGCAGGAAGCACAGUUUCCGCCCCUGCGCUUGAAGUUUUUAAACAGGUCCGCAAGCCUAUUAUAAAAGUUUUGUCCUAGGACACUUAAAAGUAGUGUUGUUUGUUUGGUAGUUGCAAUGUUCGAUGUGUUUGGCCGGGACAAGGGCGGCAAAGUCCUUGACAAAGGCCGCGCCAAGCGCCACCCCAAGGUGCUGCGCGGCAAUAUCCAGGGCAUCACCAAGCCCGCCAUCAGCCGCCUGGCCCGCCGCAGCGGCGUCAAGCGCAUCUCUGGCCUCAUCUGCGAAGAGACCCGUGGGGUGCUGAAGGUCUUCCGGAUGGAGACCAUGAUCCGUGACAUCGUCAUCUAUGCAGAGCACGCCAAGCGCGAGACGGUCACGGCCAUGGACGUGGUCUACACGCUCACGCAGGGACGCACGCUCUAUGGCUUCGGCGAACUCAGUUCCUGUAUAAAUAGAGAAGCCAGCCAGCGUUUCAUCCGCCUGCUUUCUGUUUGCUCCAUAACUCACACUAAGCAAGCCGCCCGAAAGUCCACCUGCGGCAAGACCCCGCGCAAGCAGCUGGCUACCAGGGCUGCCUGCAAGAGCGUGAAGAAGCCGCACCGCUACCGGGCCGGCACCGAGGCGCUGCGCGAGAUCCGACGCUACCAGAAAUUCACCAAGCUGCUGAUCCGCAAGCUGCCGUUCCAGCGCCUGGUGCGCGAGAUCGCGCAGGACUUCAAGACUGACCUGCGCUUCCAGAGCUCUGCCGUCAUGGCGCUGCACGAGGCGUCUGAGGCCUACCUCGUGGGGCUGUUCGAGGACACGAACCUGUUGUUGAUCUCUUCACAACUGCUCGCUAUGUCUGGACGUGGCAAGGGAGGUAAGGGCCUUGGUAAAGGCGGCGCCAAGCGCCACCGCAAGGUGCUGCGCGACAACAUCCAGGGCAUCACCAAGCCCGCCAUCCGUCGCCUGGCACGCCGCGGCGGUGUCAAGCGCAUCUCCGGCCUUAUCUACGAGGAGACGCGCGGGGUACUGAAGGUCUUCCUGGAGAACGUGAUCCGUGACGCCGUCACCUACACGGAGCACGCCAAGCGCAAGACGGUCACGGCCAUGGACGUGGUCUAUGCCCUCAAACGCCAGGGACGCACGCUCUACGGCUUUGGCGGCUAAGCCUCCCUAGGAUUCAACCCGA